GACCUCAUUUCCGGUACCUGCCACUCAACGGCGGCCCCUGGCAGAGUUGCGAGAGGGGACGAGGCGAGGUCGGACCCCCAACCCCCCCGGCUCCUCCUCCUCCUGGGAAGCGGCCAGCUGGCUGGAGCGCGCGGCGCCCCCGGCUGUACCAGGCAGGGCACUCGGAGCUGCUCCAGCGGCGCCCGCGGCGGCUGAGGGGACCGAGAGCGAGGAGGUCCUGAGCCCCGCGAAGGAGCCGGCCGAAGCCUCCGUCCUUGCUCUGGCCGCGGCCAGGUGUGCGCGACCUUCUUCAUUUGCGGAAGCGCGACGCGCAGAAAGCGCAGCGAGCGGGGAAGGCGGUCGCCGGGCGAGAGCAGCAGGAGGGGCUUCUUCGCCUUUUUCUGCAACGGCUCCUUUGUCCAUUUAAACCGCGUCUCCAAGGUAUACAUUCAACAAGUGAAGUUCUCCUGUGCAGCCGAUCUCUCCGGGCAGGCAGGCAGGCGGAAAGAGGAGGAGCUCUAGUUGUUGAAUCGCUGUCUGUCAGGCGAGUUAAAGAAGUGCGCAUGUGACCUUCUUUCCUCACUUAUUUAUAUAAAAGCUGCGGGAAAGGCAAGGUGGUUGCUGUGUAGUGCGUGGACACGUGAAAGGCCUCUGGCGCACCCCUUCCGUGCCUCCAACAACUUGUGAAAAAAGCCAUCAAGUGAAGCUUCUCGUCGGUGCAGCGUUUCCAGGCGGAGGAAAUUGGCACUGCUUUAAUUUCUGCCUAUCAGUUUUGUUACAUGUGAAAACACUAGAAAUCCAGAAUUCAUGGUGAAUCUAACAACAAGCAAGUCUACCAAGAAAAUGGAAGGGAAACAUAUUAUGGAUACAGUUUUUGUUUCCAGUUUUCCAAGAAUCUGUUGUAAAUGACACUUAAUAAAUGCUGAGCGACAUACUUUGCUUCACCGAAAUGGUGGACAUAGAAAGCCAGCUUUGCCCCCUCCUUCCCUUAAAGGAUGAGGAUCUUGAUAGUCCUUUAUCUGAAGAAUUCUUACAAGAUAUGGAUUCCAUACAAGAGCUCUCACAAUCUAUAAGUGGGGACAGUUCAGGAGCAUUAAGUGCAACAGACUUCCAGUCCCUGGGAAAUGGAGCUGCGUCUGAUGGCUCAAUCAUCACAGACUCUCUCUCGCCAGCAUCCAGUCCCUCAUCUGUGAAUUUUUCCACAGUUUCGGGUAGCAAAGAUGAACUGCCAAGUGCAUCACUAAAUAUUGAAUGUAGAAUAUGUGGAGAUAAAGCUUCAGGCUACCAUUAUGGAGUCCAUGCUUGUGAAGGUUGUAAGGGUUUUUUUAGGCGAACAAUCAGACUAAAACUUACAUAUGACAAGUGUGAUCGCAACUGCAAAAUUCAGAAAAAGAAUCGCAAUAAAUGUCAGUACUGCCGUUUUCAAAAGUGCCUUUCAGUUGGAAUGUCUCAUAAUGCUAUUCGAUUUGGACGGAUGCCAAGGUCAGAGAAGGCAAAGCUGAAAGCUGAAAUUCUAACAGGUGAUCAUUGUAUAGAGAAUUCUGAAAUCGCAGAUCUAAAAUCACUCGCCAAGAGAAUUUAUGAAGCGUAUUUGAAAAACUUUAAUAUGAACAAGGUCAAAGCCAGACUCAUACUUGCAGGAAAAACCAGUAACAAUCCACCAUUUGUUAUACAUGAUAUGGAUACAUUGUGUAUGGCAGAGAAGACACUGGUGGCCAAACUGGUAGCCAAUGGAAUACAAAACAAGGAGGCAGAAGUUCGGAUUUUCCACUGCUGCCAAUGUACCUCCGUCGAGGCUGUAACAGAACUUACAGAAUUUGCCAAAUCCAUCCCUGGCUUCUCUAACCUAGACUUGAAUGACCAGGUGACGCUAUUAAAAUACGGAGUUUAUGAAGCCAUUUUUGCCACAUUAUCCUCUGUAAUGAACAAAGAUGGAAUGCUAGUAGCCUACGGAAAUGGUUUUAUAACUCGAGAAUUCCUCAAAAGUUUAAGGAAGCCAUUUUGUGAUAUCAUGGAACCGAAGUUUGAUUUUGCAAUGAAAUUCAAUGCAUUGGAGUUAGAUGACAGCGAUAUAGCUCUUUUUGUGGCUGCUAUAAUUUGUUGUGGAGAUCGCCCUGGCCUUGUAAACAUAAGACACAUUGAAAAGAUGCAGGAGAGCAUUGUGCAUGUACUAAAACUUCACUUGCAAAACAACCACCCUGAUGACAUCUUCCUUUUCCCAAAGCUUCUACAGAAAAUGGCCGACCUCCGACAGCUUGUCACAGAACAUGCUCAGCUUGUUCAGAUUAUCAAAAAGACUGAAUCUGAUGCACACUUACAUCCUUUACUACAAGAAAUCUACAAGGAUAUGUACUAAGACUGUUUUUUGUUUUGUUUUGUUUUUUGUUUUGUAUGACGUGAAAAUACAAAAGCAAUAGAUGGGAGCAAACUACUCUGCACACUUCUCUCUGUUGUGCUUUUAUUUCAAAGCAUUAGUGAGCUAAAAGGUACGUAACUGCAAUAUCAUAUUUUUCUUGCAAGGAGUUAUUUUUAAGUACUUAAGAGAAACUGUAUAGUAUGUAUAAAAAAUGGCAAUAAGCUGUGAUUGACUUGAAAUUUGGGCAACAGUGGUAAUAUCAUUUAUAGUACAUCUGAACUUGCUAACAACAUGUACUUCUUAUGAAGUUUCUGCACUUUUAAGCCUUUAUCCCAUCAUCUUCAUUAGUGUAAGAAAGCUAGGAGUUUUGGCCAGGAUCCAAAAGCCUUUAUGUGAUGUCCAUUAAAGCUUUAGCAGUGUUUCUCCAACAUCAGUCCUCCGUGCUUUGUGGAAACCUGAAGGUGUUUCAAAAACAGAUUGGGAUUAGACAUGGUGGGGGCAGAGAUGUCUGCCAUUAAAAUAAGUCACAUACUACUGAUCAUACCCUAUCCCUUAAAUCAGGGGUAGCCAAUAUUGUAUUCUCCAGAUGUUGUGGACUACAUCUCCCAUAAGCCGCAGCCAGCAUGACCAAAAGUCAGAGGUAAUGUGAACUGUGGUCCACAAUCCACCUGGCCUAGCGGGCGAGACCCACACUCACCCAGCCCUACUGAAGAGGCUCCUCAUGAGGCCGGAGGAACAUUGCCCGACUAUUGUUUUAUUACUUAUUGAUUUAAUAUGCUGUAGACCGUUUUGAGGUUUUUAUUAAAAGUAUAGAAAAUUUAAAAAUGAAUAAAAUACAAUAAAAUAUCUGAAGGGCACCCUAGUCACUAGCCCUGCAUCUAAAGUACAGUAAGCCCAUAAUUUAUGCUGGGGUUAUGUUCUGGGGAUUGCGCUUAAAGCCAAAAUUGUGUACAGUAUAGUCAAAGCACAUUGGGCUCCCAUACUGGCAGGUAGGAUUGCCAAAGUCUUUCCCCAGAUGUCUGCCCCCCUUUUAUUUGUUUUUAUUUUUGCCAAGUGCGUAAAACUGAGUGCGCACAAGUUGAAGGGUAAAUAAAUUGUAGGCUUACUGUAGUUUCUUUAGAUCCUGUCCCUACCUCGAUUGUUUUCCAUAAAGGAUGCAUUUUUUAAAAGCUUUCUUCCUACUUAAGGCUGCAGUCCUAUGCACAAUUUCUGGGAAAUAGGUUCCACAGAAGUAAUUAUGACUUUUGUAAGAUUGCUGUGUUGUUUUAUUUAUUUAACUGAAAUAAAAUCCCAUUGGCAUGUCAAAGCCAUAAUGAUAUUGGGAAAUAUAUUUAGUGAUGUGCAACCAGGCCCUCCCUCUUCCAUGGUUCAUGCCAAACUGCUUAUUUCCAGUCAGCUAUGCAGGGUCAAUAUAGAACAUUCAAAAACCUUAUAGUCAUGCAGAGCCAGUUCAUAAUUUCUUGUGUAUUCUGGUGCUUGAGUUUGAAUUUGAAACAUUGAAUUUCUAAAACAGCUCUGCUCUGGGCAAACUUCAUGUUAACCUGUUGUUAGUAUAUCGAACCAUAGAUACAACAAAGUUGAUUUAGCAGACAGAAUGUUGCUUCCAUACAGCACUGAAACAAGGAAUAGGAGUCAGAGUAGUGUGUUGUUUGGACUUGUGGAUAAUUUUCUAAUUCAGUGCCCUUUCCUCACUGCAGAAGCAAUAAUACUCAUUUUGGGGGUGGGGGUGGGUGGGCAGGGGACCACAUAGAGGCCCAAAGUGUUUCAAUACUGUAACCUAGCUUAUUAAGGUUAUGUUUAAACCAGACACUCAGCACUAAUGCAAGUUGUUACGCAUAGUUUUUGUAUUCUACAGACAAAAACUGAUCAUAUAGGCUUUCCCUCUCCUGGACCCCUGACAACUCUUUUUGGGGUGGGGGUUAUGAAUCUCAUUCAGAUAUCUCAGAACUUUCACCAUUCUACAGUUGCCAGGAUUCUUUGGAGAAAGUCAUAACCUUUAAAUUGGUAUCAAACAUGCCAGCAGUGUAGAUAUGUCCCUAGGUAAAGGUAAAGGGACCCCUGACCAUUAGGUCCAGUCAGCGGUGGAGCUUCAUGCUCCGCCACCGGGGACGGAGAGAAGGCGCACUGCCCCCAGUGAUAUGCACUCAGGGGCGGGGCGGGAGUUUUGGGGGCAGGGCGGGCAGCGGCGAUGGCGCCCCUGGGAUCGCAUCGCUCGGGGCACACCGCCCCCACUGCCCCUAUCUUCCUACGCCCCUGGGUCCAGUUGUGACCGACUCUGGGGUUGCAGCGCUCAUCUCACGUUAUUGGCCGAAGGAGCCGGCGUACAGCUUCCAGGUCAUGUGGCCAGCAUGACAAAGCUGCUUCUGGCGAACCAGAGCAGCGCACGGAAACGCCGUUUACCUUCCCGCCGGAGCAGUCCCUAUUUAUCUACUUGCACUUUGAUGUGCUUUUGAACUGCUAGGUGGGCAGAAGCUGGGACCGAGCAAUGGGAGCUCACCCCAUCCCGGGGAUUUGAACUGCUGACCUUCCGAUCGGCAAGCCCUAGGCUCAGUGGUUUAACCCACAGUGCCACCCGCAUCCCGUGUAGAUAUGUCUCUAGAGCUCUUUAGAUGCAUACACAACUUCUCAGAACAAUGUUUCCUUUGAGGAUCGUUUUUAAUGGAUGCACAUGAAAGGCUGCAGAUAUUACAAAAACUGUAUGCUGGGGUCUGUUUGUUUUUAAUUCAUUGUAUUACUAGGUGUGUGCAUUUGAUGUUUUUAAAUGCUAUUUUAUAGGCUGCACACAGCAACUAGUCACGUGUCUCUAAAAUUGUAAUUUGUGAGGUCCUUUGUAUUCUUUAGGAUUGCUUCAUUUGUAUUCUGUGCAAAUACCUUAUUAGAACACCUGUUUCAAAGAUAACAUUUUAUAAGAUCACAGCAAAAUCAGCCACCUUGAUUUUGGAAGAAGAAGAAAAAUCCUAGGUCUGCUUUAGUGGCAGAUAUCUUCCCACUAAAAUAUCUUCCCACUAUAAUACAUGGAUGUCAUUUGCAAGAGGGGCAUUCUGUGAUUUUGUAAAAAGUAUUGGGUUUGUAUUGCAAGAUCCAAAUAGUUCCACCCUUUACAUUAUUAAUUACUUUACUGAAUGACAAUCCCUUGUUUUUAAAAUUUGGCCUGGUUUCUGUAUAGCCGGAAACAGUGUCCUGCCUCAGGUUUCUGUUCCUGGCUACUAUAUGCUGGUUUUUCUCCAGAUCGUUUAAAUCUUUUGUAUUUCAUAAACCAUGGCUUAUUAAGACUGAAACCAGUAUUAGAGCCCUUUGGCCCUCUUCAUAUUGUGCACCAGCUGUGGCAUGAAGAGCCUUUGCUUAUAUCAAGGCUGGGCUCACUCUAGUGUCCAAACUGGAGAACUCUGGCUUAAUGUCAACAAACUAAGAUCAUACCUUUUUUUUUACCAUGUUGUUUUUAAAAGUUUGCAAGCUGCCAAUUGACCAAUCACUUGCCAGCAUUUUGCUUUCUCUCUGUGGCCUUCCCUUCCGUGGCCUUCCAUGUAAUUUAGAAUGCUAUGGGAUGCAGUUGUAGGAUGAUGUUUUGAUUUCUUUCCAGUGAAGAUCUCUAGUAUUUUGUGAAUACCUGUGGGUUGAACCUAUGAAUUACAAGUGCUGAAAUAACUUUUGAGAGCCUAAAGAACUUCAGUAAUAUGUUAGUCAGUCGAUUUUAGGAGAAGCAGUGUCAGAAAGUGCACUAGAAGACUGCUUACACUAUCAUUCAGAGCACUCAGGAUUGGGACCAUAACUCAAGGUGCAAUGUUGAAGAAAAAAAUUGUUUUCCAAAAAUGAAAUUGGCUACCUCAGCAAAUUAUUUAAAAAAGGCAGCAGCAAGUUGGCUAGCUCAAUAAAGUUAUAAUAUAUGACUCAGGGUUGCAAGUCCAAGUAAACUGGAAACAGUUCUAAUAUCUAUUCUCAUCAUGCAAAUUGUGUAGCUUGCGGGGGGAGUCGCACUACUUUUAUUUUUUUGCACUAUUUCUGUGUCUUUAUCCUGUGGCACUUUCAUUAACCGUUAGCUACUAAUUAUUACUUAAUUAUAAUGUGAGAGGGGCACUUAAAUGCAUGGACACUUGAGCUGAGUCUGCUCCCCUCGCUUCCUCAAGCACGUUGGGGUAUACUUUUUCCCGUUCCCCAUGUGAGCCCAUAAGCUUGACAUUUUUCACACUACAGCAAGAUUUUGUGUGCCAUAGGAGUGGCUAAUGCAAUUUUCCUGUAAAGUGCCAUGUUGCCCAACUGCUUUUAACACUGACACAAGCUCGCUUUCAAUGAGACAACAGGAAGUAGGCGUAGCUGUGGCCAUGUGACUAUAUUUCUUUUUAGGCCCAUAUUUAUAGCUCCUGCUUAUCAGUGCCUUGUAGAAUUUCUUCACUUUGACAUCUAGCAUCACCUCGGCAUGUUAUACUGGGGCGUGGUGCAGUUGUGCCGUCCCCCUCAAACUGAGUCUCAAAUUGAUGUUGUUGACUUUGACUUCAAUAGGACAGUCAGAGUAAUGGAGAAGUGAGCCCUUUCUGAUCCCAUUGUUCUGUCUUUUCUAUAUGUGUAACUCUCCUCUGGGUUUCAUUUCAUGAUGUUUCACUGUGACCUGGAAAUAAUUAUAUAUGUUGAAUUUGCUAUGCUUUUCUGUUGUGAAACGAUUAAAUAUAUUUGAUGUUGUGCUGCUAUUAUUUAAUCAAAUGUGAUAGUUUUGAUCCAUUUCAUAUCAAUAUUGCCAUGAACCUAUAGAAAAUUGGUGGUGUAACAAUUUUUAAAAGAAAGCAUUGGGUUAAAUUUAAUUUUUCACAGUUCUAAAUAUGCAAAUACUUUCAAUAAUACGGACACUUUCACAGAUGAAAAAUUGGAAGUUGUAUAUUAUAGCAGUAAUGGGCUUGUUUAGAAUUAUGUUGCAGUCACAGUUGCCAUUCAUGUGCACGGUUAGUUCUCCAGUGAGUAAAGGAGACUCUAAUAUAACUGUUUACAAUAGUUAUAAACCCUGAAUUUUACAGUUUUUAGGAUUUUUAUCUGCGGUCUAGUAGGAAUAAUUAGACCUAUCAGCUUAUUGCUAUUGCUGUAAGCUUUAGAUUUAAGUACGGUAUGUUUUGCACUGAAUUUGCACUGCAUUUGUAAUUAAAACUUUUUAAAAAAUAUAUAGGGAACAAUUAAUAAGCCAACCUUGCUAUGAAACCCAGCAUCGUUGAGAUGGAUGGGAGAGUGCCCAGUACCAUUCCUUGGUAGGUUGUGCUAUUUAAUUAUGACUUUUGAUUGCCCUAGGAAAGAGACAAGCCAUAGAGACAGAUCCUGAUGCUUCCAAUUAUGUGUACUUUGGAGCUAAUGGAAACAAACCUCAUAUAAAAACAUGUUGGUAACUUAAAUAUUUGUGAUUUUAGUUUUAUUUGGAAGCAUUCUAAUAUGAUGCCUUGAGCAACAUAGGUGAUACCUGCUCUACUUGCAAUGACUUUUACUGAUUGAUACUUACAAUUUACACCUCCAUGUGUAAAAUAAUUUUAAAAUGCAGGCUUGAACCAGAGUACCUAACUGACAACAUAGUCUAUAACUUUAUUUUUCUGCACUGUAUAUUUUUUUCUAGGCAGCAAUAAAACCUGUGUAAAGGUCUAUCAGAUGUAUUAUAACUGUAUUAUAAGCUUACUUUCUGAGACUUCGCUUCUGAAUCUGUUAUGCUCCUGGGUCAUCAGGCUUUUCUAAAGAUGUUUGUUGAAUCAUAAUUGGGAGACAGGGGGGAACAAAGCAAGAGUUAGACUAAGAAAAUGACCCAGGAUCAAACCUCAUGUAUGCAUUUAGAACAGUUUUCACAAAUGGGGACUUAUUAAAGGAAAGAUCUUAGGAUUUUACCCAAGGAUUAAUGGAGACUUAUUCAAUGUGUGUUUGCUAUGCUUAACUUCAAUUAUUCGAAUGCAAGGUAGACUCAUUACAGAUAUGGUGAAGGAAGUAAUCCCUGAGAGUCCUUUCUAAUUCAAUGAUUUGUGUUGCUUUUUAAAAGCUUUACUACCGUAGCUAAUGCCUAGGAAAUGUACAAUUAAUCAAAAUUCUAUCAGCGUGUUGAUUUCCAAGGCAAUGAAAGGAAACAGUUAGGGUUACGCUGACAUGGUGGGCAAAGAGGAACAGUCAUUUAUCUAAUUGAUUUUUUUCAAAGCGAGAUCCCACUGACAAGUUGGCGAAUGAGAUGAAGGGAAUCCAGGCUGCUUCAAACGCCCCCAGUUUAGAUUGCCACUUGAACAAUCUGAUGUUUUAAGUUUUUGCAAUGUGCCUAAUGCAACUAUAUCAGUUAUCAAAUGAGAAUUCAGUUGAAGCUGGGUGUUUUUUUGCAUUAUUUUGAAGGUGGGUUACUUAAUGAAAUACUGGGGGUUAACCCCAGACAUGUCUCUCUUCUCCCCUUCCCUUUAGAGAGGGCUGGUGGCCUUUAGACUUCCCAGCUCUGCCUUGCAGUUCAGUAGCUUUUAAGGAACUUUAGUAAUAUUUGUUCAAAAUGGAAGGAAGAGAAAUAACUCGGGUUCAUGCUUCAUGAUAAAUGCAGCCCCUCCCCCACCAAUAAAAUGGGGGGGGGGCAUGGCCUGGUUGGGUUCAUCUGACUUCUCUAUACAGUUUAGGGAGCAUCACCAAUGGUCUGAUUUCCACAAUGACUGAGAUACUUUUAGAGCUGCCACUGUUGUGGGAAUUUGUGCCUGCAUGCGCACAGUAUCAAAGUAUUGAGUUCUACAAAUAGUGCUUUUCUGCUGGACAGCUGCACUUCAAAUACUCUAUAGAUCUCUCUCUCUCUCUCUCUCUCUCUCUCUCUCUCUCUCUCUCUCUCUCUCUCUCUCUCUCUCUCUCUCUCUGAUCCUAGGGACUUGGAGAAGGGGAAAGACUUCCGUUAUGUUCACUAUGAAAGUGAUAGUUGGGUAAUACAAAGGGGGCAUGUUAGCAGCUUUCCUUGGUUUCCCUUCAAUGUGUUCCCUCCUUCCACCUCAAGGGUUAACUUAUUGCAAGACUUGCUAUAUUUCACCUGCUUCUAAGCAUGAGGUAGGGAGCUGAGAAAUGCCUAGGCCUUCCACCAAAGCGGCAAAACAGCUUUUAGGAAGAGGAAAUGUGUAUUAUACUUGCUUUAUAAAUAAAAACACUUGAGAAAUAGUAGUGGUGGAGAGCAUUCCAGCUUUAAUUGACCUUGCAUUAAACAACAAAGCAAUGCUUAACAACAUUUUUCAUAAUGUAAUAGUUGUAACUAGGGAGACUUCAUCGUCUAUCACAUCAUAAUCUGGAUUUUGUGUUGGGUUUUAAAUUCAGGUCCUGGUUAUUGGCCAGCUCAGUCUUUCAGUUCAUAUGAUAGAUAACAACAUUCUGGUUGAAUAAGCUAAAUGCAACUUCAAGCUUCAGGAUUAAGGCAUGGGAAAUCCUAGACAUGAGGGUGACUUCUUGCUUUCAUUUAUUACCAGUUAAUAGCUAUGUGCAUUUGCUGGCUGAAGUGAUCAGUUACAGGGUUAAAGCUGUGAAGCAGGGCAGCAGAGCAACUUGAUUUUUAAAACAUUUUCCUUAAUUCUACUAUCCUGUCAUGUGCCUUUUAAAGUGAUCUGCAGGUUCAGAGACUUAAGAAAUUUUGAAUACAGUAGCAGUAUUUAAGUACAAUAUCAUAGGCGAUGCUACAUUCUUUGAUACAAAUGUAUAAAAAUGAAAUAAUUUCACAUGUAUUUUGGAUUAUUUGUUUUACACUUAACCUUGGAUUAUAUUGUGAUGUAUGAUAGCCUGUGAAAAUGCAUCGGGUAGUUUGCAAAAAACUGUUGAACAGGUUUAUGAGAUUGGUUUAAGUCAUUCUCUGCAUUUACAGUUAGAGGAAGUGAAAAUGAAACAAGCUCCUUUAAAAAAGGAAAGAGGAGAAUUUGCACAUUCCCCCACUGGUGGGAAUGGAUAGAAUGCCUGGCUGCAUGCAGGGGGCUGGGCUGGACAAACUGUCUCUUUUCUUGUAUGUAGCUUCUCUACACGAUGGAGGAUUCUUAUUUGCCUUCUUUACAGUAACACUAACAAUGCAAUCCUAGCAUGUUUACUCAGAAAUGUUUUGCUGAGUUGAAAGGGGGUUGCAGGAUUGGAAUCUUAACUCAGGUUAAAUUCAGGAAUACAACAGCUGCAUGUAGUAGCAUUUAGAUGUGGGUAUGAAAUCUCUUUAGUAAAAUAUGAGUUUUGUAGAGAAAUAAAAUUGAAUUCUUCCCUUUUCUGCUUGCAGAAAAAGUCACCCAGAAUAUUAAUACAGUAUUUGGUCAAUCCAUUUUAGAAUAAAAAUGCCUAUUAAUUGACAAUGUAUUUUUCUAAUAUUUGACAUUUUGAUUUUCCUGUUCAGACAACAAAGGAUUGAAUAAGGAAAAAUGUAUUUAAUGAGUCUGCUGGAAUAUUGUCCAAAUCUCUCUAAGGACUGAUGAAUGUAUGUAAAAAGAGGAAACUUCACAGUGUGAUUUUUGCCUUAAUGGUUUAAAAUAGUCUUUCAUAAAAUAAAAUAUUCAUUUAAAAUGUAUCUUGGUUUUUAUUGUUAUUACUUUAGAUAUUGAAAACAUUUUUACCACACACAGUACAGCCACAACUUAAGCUUAUUCUGAAACACAUGACACACAAGAAAAAUGUAGAAAAACAAACAAACUGGGCACUAUCAUCCCCAGAGCUACACCUCUCAUUUAAAGACAGCUUUUCUUAGCCUCUAAGACAGGGGUGCCCAAACUUUUUUCAAAGAGGACCAGAUUUGAUGAAGUGAACAUGCAUGAGGGCCAACCAAAGCUGUUGAGGAUUGUUUAGGAUUGAAGUUGUUGACCUUUUUUUUUACCCCAGGAGUUAAACUGCCACAGGGGCCGGAUUAGGCCCCCCAAACAGACUUUGGACAUUCCUGCUCUAAGAAAAAGCAUUGCAUUUUGCACUUAAUUGAAUGAUUAUAUUCCUGUGCUGUGACACGGGUGUAAAACCACACAUGCCCACUAUUAAGUGUUACCACCCCACCUCCUUCUCCCCCACCUCUCCCCCCUUUCUCCUUCCCCAACUGUAUUCUAAACAACACAUUCUCACAUCAAAAGUAAAGAAGGUUCUACAAUUUGGAAAAAAGAGACAACACAUGUUCUUUUGUAAAACUAGAAAAUCUUUAUAAUUAUUUAACUCAUAUAUGAUUAACAAAUCAAUACUACAUUUAUGAGUCAUAAAACAGUAUUCAUAACAAUAGCAGCCAAAAAAUAAAUUAAGCAGCGUUAAGUUCAUGCACACUCCAAACCCCCAUGACUCAUCAACUUUCAGUGCAUUAAAAUACUCUUGCAAAUAAUGCCUGGGGCAGCAACUCCCUUCUGAAGGUUCCUCAGGCUGAAGGUGGGGUAGCACAGGGAAAACCAGUCCCCCCCCUCAAUGGCAAAGUGUCUCUCCAGAGGAAGAAUGAUGAGGGGAGAAACAGCUCCCCCAUGAAGACCCCGAGGGCUGGAGGGUGGGGCAAGACAGGUGUAAAAAGGCAGGUUGCAGAAUUUUUUUAAUAUAGCAAAGCACUAUAGUGCUACAUGAAAGAGCAGCUUUUAAAAUUAAAGGUGAUAAAAUGCUGCUGGCCACAAAGGUUAUAUUGAAUGUGUGGUGAGCUGUGAAAGGGUCACCUGCUCACAUCCAAACCACACCUCUUAAAGCUUGAAAUUACAAGUAGAGCUGAGGGCGCUCCUCUUCUACAUUUCUCAAAGACAGACGCAGCAUUGGGAAACAGGAUGGGUGAUGCUAAGUUGAUUCUAUGAUCCUAUGGGAAUGCUUUGAUGGUGUUUCCUGCUAGGCAAGGGGUUGGACUGGAUGGCCCUUGUGGUCUCUUCCAACUCUAUGAUUCUAAGUGAACAGGGCAUGGCUGUUCUCCCUUAAACGCCUUGUGUGGAAGCAUCCUUUGAUGCAUGCAAUAGGUGCUCGAUCACUAUUAUUUCCUCUAUUUCUGAUGUUAAAGAGAUGAUCACUGGACUCUGAAGUCAAAAUGUCACCAGCUGCACACAAGAAGAUAAUGUUUUAGGGGCAGGGAGGGACCAGCAUGGUUGCAAAAGUACGAAAUGUUUAGGAACAAAAGCCACCACACUGAAGACUUGAAGUGUUUGGUGUGCAUGCAAUAUUGGCUGAAUGUUGGAGGAGGGGAAUGGAAAACAGAGGUGGAGGAAUAGAGAGAAGUAUCCUGAAAUGGAGCACUUCAUACUAUGAUGUUUUGUUGUAAGUUCCACUUUACUUGCUUGUAGUACAAAGAUUAAAUCUAUAGCAGAAAUCACUUAAAUUGCACCAUUUACUGUAAAAUGCAUACAGUGGUACCUCACAAGACGAAAUUAAUUUGUUCCAUGAGUCGUUUCGUGUUGCGAUAAUUUUGUCUAGCGAAGUGCGGUUUCCCACAGGAAUGCAUUGAAAUUUAAUGUGUUCCUAUGGGCAAAAAAGAAGCCCCUCUCCAAAAGGCUCCGACUCACCCACCACGGCCGGAAGUCUUUAAGGCUCUGGGGAGGGGGAAGCAGGAGGAGGGCUAGGGGUCUCCUCCCGCCUCAGCCUCUACUCCUUCACGUGCCGACGCUGUUCCUGCCAAGGGCCGCCUGGCGAGCCUCACUGCUGCUCCUGCCGGAUCCCGCCAGCCCUCUGGGGAGGAGCCGCGGAGGCCACCAUGGCCGCCGAGGAGGGCAAGGCCGGAGCCGCAGAGGCAGCCAUGAGCGCCGCGCCACCGCAGGAGGCAGAAGCGGCAGCCGUGGAUGUCACCAGCGGAGUCCUAAAGGUAAGCGGCGGCAGCUUCCCUUCCUCUCACAAGGCUGCUUCGUCUUGUAAAGCACAGCUAUAGAUGACUUUGUUUUGCGAUUCUUCCAAAAAAAUUUUUGUUGCGCCAGGCGUUCGUCUUGCGGGGUACCACUGUAUUCCCAUCAUAUGCUACUGCUCAAAGUUUAAGGCUUAGACAGUACUUGUCACAUAGGCUGCUGAACUUUUGUGUGACUAGAAUUUGUGGCUCCAUUAUAUAGAAGACAUGCUGUGUGUUCAGCAAAUUUUGCACUAAGAUGACAGGCCACAAUAUUGAAAAUUUCCUGCAGAAUUCCCACUGAUGUGAACAGGAGAUAUCAAAGAGAAUUUAUUUUCUCUGUAAAAUCCAAUAGUCUUGCAUUAUUAUUAUUUUUAAAGUUUCCUUUACCAUUACAGUGGUACCUCGGUUUACAAACACAAUUGGUUCCGGAAGUCUGUACUUAACCUGAAGCGUACUUAACCUGAAGCGAACUUUUCCAUUGAAAGUAAUGGAAAGUGGAUUAAUCCAUUCCAGAUGGUCCGUGGAGUACUCAAACUGAAGUGUACUUAACCUGAAGCGAACAGACUUCCGGAAAGUUCGCUUCAGGUUAUGUACGCUUCAGGUUAAGUACGGACUUCUGGAACCAAUUACACUCAUACUUGAAGCGUACUUAAACCGAGGUAUGACUGUAGAUGUAUUCUUGGGAUUUUGUAUUUGAUCUUUCUUGGUAGCCUAAUUUAGGAUGUUUGAUCCCUUUGCUCAUUAUUCCCCCAAUUCAUUUGAGACUUCUGAAGAUGGUAGUAAAACAUGUGCUUGUUAAAGAAAGCUUGUAAUGCUUGACGCUAAGCAAGUUAUUCAGUCUUGGGAUUGGGACAUAGUCUGAAAGUCAACAUUUACCAAGUCAACCCCUGAAAGUUACACUUUGCUAAAAUAACAUUCAGGGUUGUUGUUAUCCAAUUGUAAAUAUAGCAUGCAUUUUU